UCGAGAGCCACAUGUUGGCGCUCUGCCCCUCGCUUUCCCUGCUGUCCAUGCUUCUCGAGAGCCUCAUGUUGGCGCUCCGCCCCCCUCGCUUUCAGUGCGAUGGACAUGCGUCUCGAGAGCCUCAUGUUGGCGCUCCGCCCCCCUCGCUUUCAGUGCGAUGGACAUGCGUCUCGAGAGCCUCAUGUUGGCGCUCCGCCCCCCUCGCUUUCAGUGCGAUGGACAUGCGUCUCGAGAGCCUCAUGUUGGCGCUCCGCCCCCCUCGCUUUCGGUGCGAUGGCCAUGCGUCUCGAGAGCCUCAUGUUGGCGCUCCGCUCCCCUCGCUUUUCGUGCUAUAUCCAUUCUUCUCGAAAAUGCAACCUACAGUACUCUUCACGGGAACCACAGCUACUUCUGGUAGGCAUCUGCAGCGAGCGCGUGACAGAAGAGGCCAGAACGCAGCGAUGGAGCAGAAAACAAAUCCUUCCAGCAGAAAACAAACUACUUAAGGCUUUCCUCUAUUUAAGCCUCUAAGAAUGGCAGAGCACUAAGCCAAAAAUAAGACAACUAGAGGCUGUAUUCCUGUGUGAUGCCAACUGUUGAGCAGAUAGACUUUGAGUUGCUGCUGUGAACCCAGUUGAUAAUGUGGAAGCCUGAUCAUCCUCCGUCAUGUAUUUGGCCCUACUUCACAGCAUCACAUUAGACCACCACACUCCACCCAGCACCACCUUAUGCCAAUCCUCAGAGGACUGCGGUGCUGGCAGCUUACUUCAUUCUGUUGUGGUGCUAAGAUGCAGACAUGUUGGUCCUUGGCUCUUAAAGCUGGCUUCCUUUCGUGAUCCUGCAGAAGACCCAGCUUUCUGUACUGCUUUGGGGAAGGAUGAUGGAUGACCUGGUAGAUGGAGCUACAAAGAACAAAAGAAGCUGUGUGAAUGUCAGGAAAGAAGUACUAGAGGGUCCUGGUUCUUUCAAUUGUGCCUGCUAAUAGAUACUUCUGUAUCAUUUUCAGCCAGGUUUCCAUUCGUAGUUAGAGACAUUCGUCAUCAUUAAUGUUAGCAGAAAAAGAUAAGUUACUCACUGGAUAUUCUACCCCAUGGGUAGCACCAUGAAUCUCGAAGCGUUCAAACAGCUGGUAAGGUUCUCCCCCAGAGCUUCCAGGGACUUUGAGAACCAGGUGAAACAGAAUGACUUGCUCAUGAAGUCAGUGCCACUACUGUGCAGCAGGGUUUCUCCUAGAAGAAAAAGAACCAUAUGAAGAGCUAAGUUACAGUUCUCUACUACACUGUGCAGCUCUACCCUACACAACCACCUUCAGUCUUACAGCAAGAUGCUUCCUUGUUAGUCAGGAAGCACUUCUUAUCAAAACAGACACAGGAAAAUGAUAAAUAUAACUCAAGUAUGGGGCUGGAAAGAUGACUCAUCAGUUAAGAGCACUGGCUGCCCUUCCAUAGAUCCUGA